GCGCUUCCGAAACACCGAGAGGAAAGAGGCUUCGAGAACGUUCGAAAACCCGUUGAAACAAAAAUCAAUGUGCUGACGUCAAACUCACGUGGCUGCGUCGUGUCCCUCUUGCGUCACGCACAGAGAGCGCAGAGCUCAGCCAGGCUCAGCCACUCAGCAAGCUGCGCCAUAGCCUUUGCAGCCAGAAGCCUUGGAUACAAUUGACAAAAAACAAAUCUUAGAAAGAUAAGGUUUGCCGAAGCCACGUAGGCUUUGAGGUCACCUUAAGAAGUUAGCGACACGAUCAGCUGUUCGUUGAGUCCUUGCGUGGACAGACGCAUCGCCAGAGACAUUUAAAUUUUUGCUUUCGGAUCCCCGUGUUUCGGAUUGAGAAAAGAGCUUUCCCGAAAAAAAUAACGGGCGAGUCAUGGCUUUCACGAAGCCCCUUCCUGCGUGGAAAGUGUGCAACCUGUGCGGAGUUUCUCCGAGGAUUGGAGUCGUCUUGCCUUGUUCGCAUACGUACUGCGAGCUGUGCUUUGAGGACUUCGCUGACGGAGGAUGCUGCCUGAUCGACAACGAGCAUUUCAAACCGGAUCAGGUCUGGCGUGUGGUGUUUCAGCUCACCACCCGAGUGGUAAGCUGCUGGAACGCCCAAAAUGGCUGCAACUUUGUGGGCUCUCUGAAAGACCUGCGGAACCACUACCAGACGGACUGCGAGUUCCACGCGGCCUCCUGUCCCCGCUGCAAGGCAUCCGUGCUGCGGAGGGACCUCGUGGCGCACUUCAAGGCCGGCUGCGGUGUUGCCCCUUCGACCAACGACGAUCCGUCUUCCCCUGCAUCCGACUCCCUCCGGAUUUCUGACGUCCAACGGGCGUACUUCAACGCGAGAGAGGCGUUGGGAAAGGUGGCAGACGACCGCACGUGUCUUCAGCGAGCCGUCGACAACCUGUCGGGGAACCUGAAAGCCCUGACGCUGCGGCUCGCCGAAGAGAGCGACGUUGAGGCAAAUGCCGCCGACUCGAGGCGGGUCCAGGAACUCUUGCGCGAGAUACUGACGGUCCUGGUGGUGCGAGUUGCAAGCGGCAACUCCACAUGCAGGAUACACCUUGGCGAAGAAGUAGAGCAGCUCAACUUGGACCUGCCCGCCGUGAUACAGGGCGUCUCGAGGGAGCUGUACCGCUUGUUCACAGCCAGAGCGUUUGAGUGGGAUCUCAGAUGGCCCGACGCAGCUACCUUCGAGCACAGCUCGUGGGGAAGUGUGUGUAUUGACAGCGGGAAGCGGUAUGCACACGGCUACUGCGUUUCUCAGGGGGUCGUGAUACUGAGUCGCGGCGACCGGUUCAAUGUCUUGCUCGGCUUGACUCUGCACAAGGGCCUGCACGAUGACGAGGUUGAGUGGCCCUUCGGUAAGGUCUGCGUCCUCCGCAUAGUUCACCCCGAUGAUGCAGAGCGAACGAUCAGCGUGGAAAUUGACACCGGCGACUGUCCGACGCACCGUGCUUUCCAGAGGCCGGUGAGGGAGAAAAAUGCGAGCUUCGGAACGGGGGUCGUGGCGACAAAGGCGCAACUUGAAGAGGAAGGGUUCUUUGUUGACGGCUCGGUGCUGCGGUUGCGCAUGGAGGUGAUGCCGUGACGAAUCUCUUUCCGGUAUAAGUGCUAUCUUCAGCUUACUUCAGCAUGUGUCUUGGGACACAUUACAAUGUCUUAAAGACAUGAAGUCACAGGUCUAAAGGCCCGCUCACACACUAGUGACCUCUUAUAACCGAGUUCCUUGGAACCUCUUAAUAUCUCUUGCGAUGAGAGCACACACUAGUACCAUCUAUUGGGUAGCAGUGUAAACUUGGCGGUUCUGCAUAUUUUCUAUUUCUCUCGUGCAUUAUGCUUUCUUUCUUGGCUCGAAAAACUUUUGUGAACGUUAUAAACAGGCCUUUCUCAUAGGCAUUACGCAUAUUUGACUUUGAAAAUCCCGCAAAAUUUUCGCUCUUGUGAAAUGUGGUUCCAGGGUCAUCGCAUAGAUGGUGCCAGCGUGUUCUCUCAUCCUAAGAAAUUAACAGAGGUUUCAAUAGGUCUUGUCUCUCUCGGUCAUACUCGGUUGCAAGUGUGUAAACGGGCCCUAACACAUUGUCAUGUGUCCCGAGACACGUUACAAAUGUCUUGGAAACGUGGCAUAGGUCCCAAGACACAUGCCAACUCACUUCAGUGUGUGUCUUAAGAAAUUUCCCGUACGGCCGUUGUAACUUGUUUUGUACCCCAUGUGUUGUAGACUGUACUUUCGUGCUGCUCAUUGUGCCGUUUGCUUUGUUUUCAUGUGCAACCCCCAUUUGCAAGUUUUUUGUUUGAUUAUGCUGCUUUUGGCAGAGAGUGCUGCAGCUGCUGGGGCUAAACAGAGUGUGCUCCAAGCAUUAGAAAGGACCUGAAGAUUGUUUUGCAAAUUCUCAAUGUGCUACCAUGCUUGCUACCAUCCUAAGGUAGUUUGUAGGUAAACAUAUAUAAUGUAAGAGUGUGCAAAUACUGCUCUGAAUAGUACUACAGCGUCAUCCGUAGCUUCAACACUGCAAAAAGCCAGUAUGUCGUGGGUCCGAGUAGCACUACGAAAGCUAUGAAUGACACGGUGCUAUUCAAUUAAAACCACUGCUUGCACGCCCCUAAUACAAUGCACAUAAUACCAGGGAGUGUCUUUACUCAUCGAACUUUGUAUUGUGUCAUACAUGUAAUGUGCCAUACAUAGUCAUCUGAUAAUAUAUAGAAAUGUUUUGGCUGUGAAAAA